UUUUUCAUACUUUGUCAAAAUCUAGUUAACCCAAAUGUCAAGUAAGCAAAUUUCUAGUUAACAUUUUAUAAUUAAAUUAAAAGAAAUUGACUUUUCAAUUGACCCAAAACUUAAACUUGCCAAAUACAGAGUUUUAUCUGUUCCCUAAUUUAAGCAUUUAAAUUGAAAUAAAUCUUACUAAGACUACAAAUUUAUUGAAAUUCUUCGGAGGAGUAUGGUUAAAUGCAAAGCAGUAUCAGGGACACAGAUAAUCAAAUUAAGAUGAAAAAUUUCUCGGAAGAACGAUAGAAAAUAUGGGAAAAAUGUUUGGUAUAUGCUGGUUUUUAGAAAACCGACAAUAUAAUGAUUAAAAGUGCACUCCGCUGGGGCCAAAUAGAACAAAUAUUAAAAUAUUCCUCAAACCAAUCCAUAAUAAGCCAAAUUAAACCCAGAAAUAAAUCCUCAAAUAUGACUCAAUUAGUUGAGGCUUCAGUGGACACAAACAAAUUGUUACGUUUAGCCAGACUUGUAGUGCCUUCUCUGGGCAAUGGCAAACACAAAGGCCAAGCAGGAAGGAUAGGAGUUAUUGGUGGCUCACUGGAGUACACAGGAGCGCCUUAUUUUGCAGCUAUUAGUGCCUUAAAGGUCGGGGCUGAUUUGGUGCAUGUAUUUUGCCAACGCGAAGCAGCCAGUGUUAUCAAAUCAUAUAGCCCCGAGCUGAUAGUUCAUCCCCUGUUGGACUUGGAAGAUGCUGUUAGUCAAAUCGAGCCAUGGUUGGAGCGUUUACAUGUUUUGGUGAUAGGACCAGGACUUGGACGUGAGCGGAAUAUAUUCGAAACGGUUAGCCAAAUUAUUGAAUCUUGUAGAGCAGUCUCCAAGCCUCUAAUCAUCGAUGCUGAUGGUCUUCACUUAAUCAGUGGUAAUCGGGACCUCAUAAAAGACUACAAUGGCGUAAUUCUAACCCCUAAUGCCAGAGAAUUUGAGGUUCUCUUUGGGGAUUCGCCAGAUACCAUUGAAGAAAACAUGAAAAGCCUAGGAAAUGGAAUAACAGUAAUGCGGAAAGGCGCUCGCGAUAAGAUAUACAUAACAAAUACCGUUGAAAUUUAUCAACUUGGUACAGGCGGUUCGGGCAGACGAUGUGGAGGACAAGGAGACUUGCUGAGCGGUUCUCUUGCCACUUUCUACCACUGGGCACUGGAAUCGAAUCAGACCAAUCCAACAUUUAUUUCUACAUUUGCAAGUAGUUUCUUAACCAAACAGUGCAAUUCGUAUGCAUUCAAGAAAUUCGGUCGUAGUAUGGUUACGGGUGAUAUGAUCAAUGAAAUUCAUAACGUAUUUGAGGACUUCUUCGAGUGAAGUUCGUUUUUAGGUGAUAGCUAGAUAAAUAAAUAACAAAUAUUCUUGGUGAUUAAUUAAUAAUAAAUAUUCUCUUUCGAAUGAUAUUACAUACAUAUAUAUUAUAUAUUAUUAUAACUGUAUUUAUGCUGUUUUUGUUGGCAACACCAAAUUGUGAUUUUAAAGUAGACCAAAAUAAAAUUCUUUCGGACUUAUGAAA